AUGGACAUAUCGGAAUUAAGUCUUGCUGAUAGUGAAGAAAAAAUGGAUGUGGAUACAGAUCUUACUAAUAAAUUUUUAAGUGGUGAGAUGUCUUUCUCCCAAUACUCUAGUGAAUGGUACAGUGGAGAAGAGGAUGAAGAUGAAGACGACAUAGAAGAAUCUAGAAAAUGUGAAGAAGAAGCUGAAAUGUCUCCGACAGUCUCAAAGAGAGGUCUUAAAAGACAAUCCAAGUUCCGACGGACUCUUCCCUGCAUUAUCUGGUCUUAUGGGUGA